AUGUACUUCAUGCACGGCGGCCAUGGACACGGCACCAGCGCUGGCACCAGCACAGGUCCAGGCAGCGUUGCCGACUUUCCGCUCAACCAGCAAACAUUUGACUUCGAGCCCUCGUCGGUAGACAGCCAUGGUCCCUACUACGGAUUCAACCCGACAUUCGUCUACACUCCAGAGACGCUUCCUAUAAUGGAUGCGCCGACCUCAUACCCGUCUAGCUCAACUCCGUCCUGGUCGCCGACCUCGAUGCCUGUUGAGCAGUCCAUGUUUCCUCUGGAUGGCCUUAGCCAAGAGCCGGCCAAGCCAGCCAAACCAUACAGCUGCGAAGACUGCGGCAAGGCUUUCACCCGCCCAGCGGAUCUAAAGCGCCACCAAAGCACAGUACACUACCCGGUCUUCCAGAACUGCCCGGUACCGGACUGCUCUCGCAAGGACAACAAUGGCUUCCCGCGACGUGACCACCUCGUCGAGCACCUACGCUCGUUCCACCACAUGGAUGUGCCGAAGCGACGCGCGGCGAAGCGACUGAGGACUGUUUAA